AUGCCGGAGCAAAAUGCAGGCAUUGAACCACGGACGAGCGACGACAGGGCUCAGGCAGGUGGAGGACUGAUGGCAACAAUUACUGCCCUCGAUUGGAAAUUGCUGUCACAGUUGCGAUCUACAGUCAGCCAGUUCGGGGUGACAAGUCAUCACCCCCUUCAUUCAGGGGCAGCGGGACAAUGGGCGGGUGGGCGGAUCAGCCGUGUGUUCCGCACUUUCAACCUGGAGAGCCGGGCCCGCCGUGAGAUCAGCAAGGAGAAGCCCAAGCCCGCCCCGCGGCACUCAGGCGAGCAGCUCGACCCACUGGCCGACCGCCUAGAGAUCCAAGAAGAUAUCUCCAGGAAGGACGAUCGGCUCUUCUCGCUGCUCAAAGAGGUUUAUAUCGAGUCCAGAGAUCCCCUCGGGCAGGUAAAAGAUGGAGGUGGUGAACAUCUUCAGUGUAAACAGGAGGAAAAGAGACUUACAAAACUAGGCCGCUUGGGAGAUCUAGAUGUUAAGAAAGUUCCCAAAGGCAAAAUUUCCACUGUGGAAGCUCUGACGCUUCUUCUUAAUAUGUAG